UCUUUUCUUUCCUUUUUUUUUUAAAAAAAAAAAAAAAAAAUACUGAUAAUUAAUAAUCAUAUUUUGACUUAUUCUUUGUCAUCUAUAAUCACAUUUAUUCUAUCGGAGCCACAAUAGAAAAUGUAUUCAGAAGAUUUAUCACCAUUAUUAGAUUCUUUUGACACAUCACCAACAAUUUCAGAAACAUCAAUUAAUGAAAAAUUUAAUAUGGAAACGGAAACUUCGACCUCUUUUAAUUCACCGACGGAAAAAAAAGAACAAAUUUCAAAUAUUAUUCAACGUGCCAAUGAAUUACAAUUCGUUGUGCAAAAUUUAAUUAAAACUCACGCACCAGAAAAGAAUGGUUCUUUAUUAUUUCCUUCAUUAAAUGAAACGGUAAAUGUUAAAGGUUCUUUAAAUUUCAACGAAUCUAAUACUAAUAAUAAUAACAACAACAUUUUAUUAAAUUUUAAUGAGAAUGAAAAUCAAUUAUUAUUAAAAGAUCAAACUGAUAUAAUUUCAUCACAAUAUGAUUAUGAUAAUAUAAAAGAUAUCUUGAAUAAAUCAUUAUUCUAUAGUGAUAUUUGUAUUAUGCCACAAUAUUUUAAGGAAAUUUAUGAUACUGCAUAUCAGGAUGGUUUAUUAAAUGUUGGGAUUGAUAUUGAAGAUUUUUUUAUCAUGAAUUAAUG